CGGUAACUUAGCGUGUAGGUAUACAUGGCCAUCAGUGUUAAAAUAUGACGAUGACUAUAGGAAAAAACAAAAUGUAUACAUGUUUAGAUGGGGAACGGAUACUCCCCAUCUAUCAGAGGUACAUUUAGAAAGGAGGCCCCCUAAAAACGAUUUUAACAAACCAUCAAAUGCCAUUGGAAAAAAGAAAACUUCAACAUGGUCAUCUAAUAGGGUACUGUACUGUGAUCAAUGGAACAAUAAAGGGACUUGUUCAUAUGGGGACACCUGCAAGUUUGCGCAUAAAUGCAAAACCUGUAAUAAAAGUGAACAUCAUGGGAAAGAUCAUCCUUAGACCGAGUCUUCAAGUACAAAAGAUGAAUAGGAC